GUGUUUGCGGCCUGUGCGAGUAGGCGCUUUGGGAGCAGUCUCCCGGCGAGCGGCGCGCAGAAGCCUCGAACCGGUAGAGCCCACUCGUAACCUGGAGCCCGGAAGGCCUUGAAGACAGUACCGUUUCCUCAGCGGCGGGAGUCUAUCCUGAACUUAGAUCGUGUACAUUUUGGGAACUUAUUUUAGAAAAGAUCUAAGUUUUAAAAAUUCUCAAUGGACAGACAGAGAAAAGAGGGUCUUUGCCAACUCCUUUGGACCGCUGCAGUAAGAAUGUCUUUCCCCCCUCAUUUGAAUCGCCCUCCCAUGGGAAUCCCGGCACUCCCACCAGGGAUCCCACCCCCACAGUUUCCUGGCUUCCCUCCACCUGUACCUCCAGGGACCCCAAUGAUUCCUGUACCAAUGAGCAUUAUGGCUCCUGCUCCAACUGUCUUAGUACCCACUGUGUCUAUGGUGGGAAAGCAUUUGGGAGCAAGAAAGGAUCAUCCGGGCUUAAAGACUAAAGAAAAUGAUGAAAAUUGUGGUCCCACUACUACAGUUUUUGUUGGCAACAUUUCCGAGAAGGCCUCAGACAUGCUUAUAAGACAGCUCCUUGCUAAAUGUGGCUUGGUUUUGAGCUGGAAGAGAGUACAAGGUGCAUCUGGAAAACUUCAAGCUUUUGGAUUCUGUGAGUAUAAGGAGCCUGAAUCUACCCUCCGUGCACUCAGGUUAUUGCAUGACCUGCAGAUUGGAGAGAAGAAGCUACUUGUUAAAGUUGAUGCAAAGACAAAGGCACAGCUGGAUGAAUGGAAAGCAAAGAAGAAAGCUUCUAAUGGGAAUGCCAGGCCAGAAACUGUCGCUAAUGAUGACGAAGAAGCCUUAGAUGAAGAAACAAAGAGAAGAGAUCAGAUGAUCAAAGGGGCCAUUGAAGUUUUAAUACGUGAAUACUCCAGCGAGCUCAAUGCCCCUUCACAAGAAUCAGACUCUCACCCCAGGAAGAAGAAGAAGGAGAAGAAGGAGGACAUUUUCCGCAGAUUUCCAGUGGCCCCAUUGAUCCCUUAUCCACUCAUCACUAAGGAGGAUAUAAAUGCUAUAGAAAUGGAAGAAGACAAAAGAGACCUGAUAUCCCGAGAGAUCAGCAAAUUCAGAGACACGCACAAGAAACUGGAAGAAGAGAAAGGCAAAAAGGAAAAAGAAAGACAGGAAAUUGAGAAAGAACGGAGAGAAAGAGAGAGGGAGCGUGAAAGGGAACGAGAAAGGCGAGAACGGGAACGAGAAAGGGAAAGAGAACGUGAACGAGAAAAGGAGAAGGAACGGGAGCGGGAACGAGAACGGGAUAGGGAUCGUGACCGGACAAAAGAGAGAGAUCGAGACCGGGAUCGAGAGAGAGAUCGGGACCGCGAUCGAGAAAGGAGCUCAGAUCGGAAUAAGGAUCGGAGCCGAUCAAGAGAAAAGAGUAGAGAUCGUGAAAGGGAACGGGAGCGAGAAAGAGAGAGAGAGAGAGAACGGGAACGAGAAAGAGAACGGGAGCGAGAGAGAGAGCGAGAAAGGGAACGGGAGCGAGAGAGAGAAAAAGACAAGAAGCGGGACCGAGAAGAGGAUGAAGAAGAUGCAUAUGAACGAAGAAAACUUGAAAGGAAACUCCGAGAGAAAGAAGCUGCUUAUCAAGAGCGCCUUAAGAAUUGGGAAAUCAGAGAACGGAAGAAAACCCGGGAGUAUGAGAAAGAGGCUGAAAGAGAAGAAGAAAGAAGAAGAGAAAUGGCAAAAGAAGCCAAACGAUUAAAAGAAUUCUUAGAAGAUUAUGAUGAUGAUAGAGAUGAUCCCAAAUAUUACAGAGGAAGUGCUCUUCAGAAGAGGUUGCGUGAUAGGGAAAAGGAAAUGGAAGCGGAUGAACGGGAUAGGAAAAGAGAGAAGGAAGAGCUAGAGGAGAUCAGGCAGCGCCUUCUGGCAGAAGGGCACCCGGAUCCAGACGCAGAACUCCAGAGGAUGGAACAAGAGGCUGAGAGGCGCAGACAACCACAAAUAAAGCAAGAACCAGAAUCGGAGGAAGAGGAAGAAGAAAAGCAAGAAAAGGAAGAAAAACGAGAGGAACCCAUCGAAGAGGAGGAAGAGCCAGAGCAAAAGCCCUGCCUCAAACCAACUCUGAGGCCCAUUAGUUCUGCCCCAUCUGUUUCCUCUGCCAGUGGCAAUGCAACCCCCAACACUCCUGGGGAUGAGUCUCCCUGUGGUAUUAUUAUUCCUCACGAAAAUUCGCCAGAUCAACAACAACCUGAAGAGCAUAGGCCAAAAAUAGGACUAAGUCUUAAACUAGGUGCUUCCAAUAGUCCUGGUCAACCUAAUUCUGUGAAGAGAAAGAAACUCCCCGUAGAUAGUGUCUUUAACAAAUUUGAGGAUGAAGACAGUGAUGAUGUGCCCCGAAAAAGGAAACUGGUUCCCUUGGAUUAUGGUGAAGAUGAUAAAAACGCUGCCAAAGGCACUGUAAACACUGAAGAAAAGCGCAAACACAUUAAGAGUCUCAUUGAGAAAAUCCCUACAGCCAAACCUGAGCUCUUUGCUUAUCCUCUGGAUUGGUCUAUUGUGGAUUCUAUAUUGAUGGAACGGCGAAUUAGACCAUGGAUUAAUAAGAAAAUCAUAGAAUACAUAGGUGAAGAAGAAGCUACAUUAGUUGAUUUUGUUUGUUCUAAGGUUAUGGCUCAUAGUUCACCUCAGAGCAUUUUAGAUGAUGUUGCCAUGGUACUUGAUGAAGAAGCAGAAGUUUUUAUAGUCAAAAUGUGGAGAUUAUUGAUAUAUGAAACAGAAGCCAAGAAAAUUGGUCUUGUGAAGUAAAACUCUUUUUACAUUUAGAGUUCCAUUUCAGAUUUCUUCUUCUUUCCCAUCCUUCAAAGGACUUUGAAAUUUUCUUUGUCUUCAAAGACAUUUGUGAGAUCUGUAAUUUUUUUUUUAAUGUAGAAAAUGUGAAUUUUUUUGUCCUCUAAUUUGUUGAUGCUCUGUGUACUCCCUUGGUUGUAAAGACAACUGAAUCCUACCUUGGUUCUGUUUAUACUCACCAGGUACAAAUUACUGGUAUGUUUUAUAAGCCGCAGCUACUGUACACAGCCUAUCUGAUAUAAUCUUGUUCUGCUGAUUUGUUCCUUGUAAAUAUUAAAAUGACUCCCCAAUUCUUUUGCAGAAUUGCACUUAA